AUGCUCUGCAACUCUUUAGCUGCCGGCGUCAUCGCCUUUGGCUUGCCCACCUUCGCGUCGGCCAGCUUAAUUUUCGCUUCCUCCUACAAUUUAGACGCUGCGGAUGGGUUUGUCAGCACGAUCAAGUAUACGGACGGGAAGCUUGAAGUCAUCAACAACCAGCAGGGUAUCUGUGGCGCCAACCCGUCAUGGUUGGAGUUUGUCGGCGAUCACAUCUAUUGCCUCGAUGAGAUUUGGAAUAAAAAACCUAAUUCGGAUAGUGUGGGCGCCCUCUAUGCCUUGAAGGCCACCAGAGAUGGCACAAAACUCACGGAGAGCAAGAGGCUGGAGGCGCUGGGUGGCCCAGUGAGCACCGUCCGCUUUGGACAGAGGCUUAAGGGACUGGCUGUUGCCGCAUACGGAGGAGGAGGUUUUCAGACCUUCGAUAUCUCGAAUCCCGACGCCCCCCAGGUUGUUAACUCAAGCUCAUUCACAAUCACGCCAAAACCUGGCGCGAUUGCGCAGCAGGGUGUAUCACACGUUCAUCAUGUCAUUCUGGACCCUACUGGCGACUUCAUCGCAGCGCCUGACCUUGGCGGGGAUCUCAUCCGCAUCUUCAAGGUAGACAAGAAAACCUUGGAAUAUGUUGAAUCCACAACAAUUCCGACACCCGAUUUUUCGGGUCCAAGGCAUGGUGCUUUCGUUAAGCUCGAGUCUGGAACUUACUUCUAUGUCGUCACCGAACUCUCCAACGAGAUUAUUGGGUGGAAGGUUAACUACAAGGCCGACAGCCUUGAGUUUGACCAAAUCUUCAUCGCCCCAACCCACGGCCCCGACACCAAGGUUAACAACACCAUUGUCAAAGCUGCAGAGCUCAUUAUCUCGCCCGAUAACAAGUUCCUGCUGGUAUCAUCACGUCUCGAAGAGAGCGCAGGCCAAAUCGACAUUCCCAAUCCGGAGACCAAUGCGGGACAGAUCAAGUCAGACCCUCUCAUCAACUGGGCAAUCCAGGCAGACGGUACCAUCAAGCUCCAACAGAUUUUCCCUGCGGGUGGUAUCAACCCGCGCCAUUUCUCCCUCAACAAAGACGGCUCCCUCGUCUUGACCGCGUUGGUGACUGAUGGCCGUGUUGCGCUUAUCGAGCGUAACGUGCAGACUGGAAAUCUCACAAAGAUUGUCGGUGCUGUUAAAAUCAUCGGUGGACAGCCCAACUUUGCCAAGUUCAAGGAGGAUACGAAGUGCGCCUAA